UGCCGGUAUCAGUAGGUCCAGUGUUGUUUUCAUGUAGUGAAUAUUAAAAAUACGUGGUCUACAACCAAUUUCCUUUUGAAAUUAAGGGCAAAAAUUAACAACAUGAAGUGAAUUUGCAUACCCACUUACUAAGGAAAAAUUACCAUCGCUUUUACAACUCCAUAAUUCCAUACGAAGAAAUCAUUUUAUUUCUUUUCCUACAAAUGAACAUUUUGCAGAACUAGUUUUCCUAUUCAAGACUUAAUACAUGAAGGCAAAAAUAUCGAUUUCAAACUGAAUGUUACCUUAUAAAAGUUGAUGGUAUUUGCAUAUUAUUACGAGGAAAUUGCUGCAAAGGGUUUCUUACGUAGUUUUUACUCAUGAUUCAUUUCACAAUAAGUCGAUGGCGUGAGGCCGCCGUCGCCUGCCGCCGCCGCCGUGACCACCUCCAAUCACCCUCGAGUUACAUACAAGUCUUUCAUUAAUUAAAGUCACUUCCAACGCAGCAAACGUUUCAAUUUGUUUGCGAACAAGUCAGCAAUUACUUGCGAACGGCUGACACCCCCGCGUCACAUAUCAAUCAACACGUGGGCAUGAAUCGCGCCGCAUGAAUGGCGAUGCGCGUAUAGACACGCGCUGUCCUCGCAUUAGGUGAUUGGAGAGCGGUCACGUGCGGGCGGCGGCGGCAGUGUGCUCGCGGCGCGCGGCAUGUCACGUCGAGCGCCGCGCCGCGCUCAGCCGCCCGCCCGCCGGCAGGUGGCGCCCGAGCCCGCGCCCGCCGAGCCGCCGCCGCCCACGGCCGAGCCCGAGCCGCAGCCGCCCAGCGACGACGAGCGCGAGCCGGGUGACUGGCGGCCCUCGCGCCCCGCCUCGCCCCCGCAGCGCCCCGACGAUGCGUCCGAGGGCUCGGAGGCCACGGCGCGGCCGCCGCGCGCCGAGCCCGCCAGCCGCUACGCCAACCUCAACUACUGGAAGGCGCGGCGCGUCAUGUUCUACCGCAACGGGGACGCGUUCCACCCGGGCGUGGAGUUCCGCUUCAAGCCGGGCCGCGACCUGGCGUCGCUGGACGCGCUGCUGGACCGCCUGUCGGAGCGCCUGGAGCUGCCGCGCGGCGCGCGCUUCGUGUUCGGCAUGGACGGCGACCGCAAGUACCGCCUGGACGAGCUGGAGGACGGCGCCUCCUACGUCGUCUCCUCCUACAAAACUUUCAAGGCGGCGAGUUACGGCAAGAAGAACGGCAUGUGGUACGGUGGCGGCGGCGGGGGCGCGCCGGCCGGGGGCGGCUGGAGCCGGGGCGGCACGCGCAAGCAGAGCGUGGCGGAGAGCGACGCGCCCCCACCCGGGGGCGGCAAGCCCACGUCGGGCCGAGUCAUACGCAUCAUCAACAAUAUGGACCAUUCUAUACAGUGUCGAGUAUUACUAAACUUACGCACAACACAACCUUUUGAGGAGGUUCUAGAAGAUUUAGGACAAGUUUUGAAAAUGAGCGGAGCCAAGAGAAUGUACACCAUCACAGGACAAGAAGUGCGUAGUUUCUCCCAAUUACGCAAUGAGUUCGCCGACGUGGAGACGUUCUACCUGGGCACCGUGAUGGUGGCGCCCGCGCUCAGCCCCGGCGUCAGCGCGCCCCUGCCCGUCGAGUCGCCGAUGAGACGUUCUCGCUCCCGGGCCAACGUAGCCGCCCCACCAGUGGUGACGGAGGACCUGCGCGGGCGCCGCGCCCGGAGCAAAAGUCGACCGCGAGUAUUGUACGCGCCUGAAGGGGAAAUCGUACGGAACUCAGACUACACUCUGCUGGAGGUUCUGAAGGAGGAGCCGGUGCGCAUCACGAUCCGCGGGCUGCGGCGCACGUUCUACCCGCCGAUACACCACGCGCCGAUUGAUAACCUGCCGCCGGAGAAAAAACUGCAGCUGGAUUGGGUCUACGGCUACCGCGGCGCAGACACCCGCAAGAACCUGUGGGUGCUGCCCACCGGGGAGCUGCUGUACUACGUGGCCGCCGUCGCCAUCAUGUACGACCGCGACGAGGACUCGCAGCGACACUAUAUAGGACAUACUGAGGACAUACAGUGCAUGGAGCUCCACCCGUCCCGCGAGCUGGUAGCCAGCGGGCAGCGCGCGGGGCGCGGGCGCCGGGCCCAGGCCCACGUCAGGAUCUGGAGCACCGACACAUUGCAGACUCUACAUGUCUUCGGCAUGGCAGAGUUUGAGGCGGGAGUGGCUGCUGUCGCGUUCUCGCAGCUGAACGGAGGCAGCUACGUGCUGGCGGUGGACGCGGGGCGCGAGAGCAUCCUGUCCGUGUGGCAGUGGCAGUGGGGACACCUGCUCGGGAAAGUCGCCACCCUGCAAGAGGAGCUGACGGGCGCGGCGUUCCACCCGCUGGACGACAACCUGCUCAUCACGCACGGGAAGGGCCACCUCGCCUUCUGGAACCGGCGCAAGGACGGCUUCUUCGAACGCACGGAUAUUAUUAAACCGCCAUCACGCACGCACGUAACUGCUCUACAAUUCGAGCAAGACGGAGACGUGGUGACGGCGGACAGCGACGGGUUCAUCACAAUAUACAGUGUGGACAGCGACGGCGCUUACUUCGUACGAAUGGAGUUCGAGGCACACAUAAAAGGCAUAAGUUCCUUAGUCAUGUUAUCUGAAGGGACUUUAUUGUCUGGAGGAGAAAAGGAUAGAAAAAUUGCCGCAUGGGACUCAUUGCAGAAUUAUAAACGUAUAACGGAAACAAAGCUACCAGAAUCUGCCGGUGGUGUCCGUAGCCUAUAUCCUCAGAGGCCAGGAAGAAACGACGGAAAUGUUUACGUUGGAACUACUCGGAAUAACAUUAUGGAAGGAUCUCUUCAAAGAAGAUUUAAUCAGGUGGUAUUUGGACAUCACAAACAACUUAUGGGCUUGGCAGUCCAUCCCGAUGAUGAAAUGUUCGCUACCGCUGGUCAUGACAAAAAUAUAGCCUUAUGGCGUGGUCAUAAGAUGGUUUUCGCCACUCAGGUUGGCUACGAAUGUGUAUCUCUAGCGUGGCACCCAGUAGGGGGCGCUCUGGCUGCCGGCAGCACGGAGGGUCACCUAGUUGUGCUGAACGCUGAUGCAGGAGCCCAUGUGGCCACACUUCGAGUGUGCGGCUCACCGCUCAAUUGUUUGAGUUACAAUUCGGCUGGAGACAUUUUAGCGAUUGGGUCGCAAAAUGGAAGCAUUUACCUGUUCCGAGUAUCACGCGACGGCUUCUCCUACAAGAAAUCUAACAAAAUUCGGGGUGCUCAGCCACUAGUUCAACUGGAUUGGAGUCUUGAUGGAUGUUAUCUGCAAACAGUGACUGCAGACUAUGAUCUUGCUUUCUGGGAUAUCAAGGCAUUAUCACCAGAAAAGAGUCCCAUAGCUAUGAAAGACGUUAAAUGGUCUACAUUCAACUCAACAGUAGGAUUCCUUGUGUCUGGCAUGUGGAACAACAGAUUCUACCCCAUGACGUCACUGAUUUCUACUGCAAGUCGAUCCGCAGCCCAGGACCUCCUCAUCAGUGGUGACUCCGAUGGUUACUUGCGACUAUUCAGAUACCCUUGCGCGAGUCCAAAAGCAGAAUACAAUGAGAUGAAGGUGUAUUCCGGGGCCUUAUCCAGCGCACGUUUCCUGUUUAACGACCGGUGCGUGGUGACCGCUGGAGGCAUGGACGCCGCCCUCAUGCUGUGGGAGCUGGUGGAUGAUUAGCAAUCAGCCGCGCCGGGGCUGGAGCCGCCCGCCGUCGUGGUCGCGCCCCCCACGCCAUCCCCACCCCCUGCGCACUUCCUAAACACUUUCAGAGUCCUAGACUUCGAUGAGCUUGAUUGAAAUCAGUCUAACGACUCACUCGGCAAUAUUUCCAUGGCGUAUUUCACGCUCAUUUGACUCUUUGAUAGAGCCUGUUUUGAGCCAAAGGUUAAAGGUCUAGCUGUUAAGCUAAGAAAGAUGGUGAUUGUAUGUUUAUUACUGAAGGAAUUUGAAUUUCAUUGUAGCUAGUAAAACAACCUAGGCUUAGGUACAAUUAUGGUGAUUGAACAUUGAAUCUUUGGUAGGUCAUAUUUUAUUGCUUUAGAAAUUGGCGAUCGUUAUAUAUGAAGGUAUAAUUAAUUACUAUGUCAUUCACUGCCGUUCAUAACUUAAAUAAAUUUUGUUAUAAGGUAAUAAACGAUACCUUUAUUAGGUCAUCACCUAGUUACUGUCCAAUGCUAAAUAUAAUUAUGCUUCCCCAAAGGAGCGCCACAACACUCUGUCUCUGUCCAUUCCUUCCUCAUCCAGCCAUUACACCGGCUGCCUGUAUGGCAUUAUGUGAAAUUGACAUAUAUUUAAAUUAAUCACGGAACUUAUAAAUAAAGAACUUAAAGAUAAUUAUUGUAGAAAGGAAACACCAUGAUUAAAUAACUACUUAACUGUAUAAGUACUUACGUACUAAACAUGCGUGAGAGAUAUAAUAAAACCGACACGAUGAAGAUUUAAAAAAAUAUAUUUUAUCACUUUAUUGAUGCACAGUAAUAUGCAAACCUUUAGCAACACACAAAUAAAUGCAAUAAGUUAAGUGUACCUAUGUCACCUAUGUCAUGAAUUGUAUAAGAAAUGUUACAAGAUUAUAUCCCCUACUUUUUAUUAAUUUUAAUACCGGCGCUACUAUGUUUUUAUAUAUUUAUUAUGGAUAUUGAGUUAUUAUGAAUGUGAUGUGUAUGUUUAUUGAAACCUAUACUAGUAACUUAAAUUCAAUGUUUAUUAAUUUAUCAGGUAGGUAUAAAAAUGUGGCAGGCCACUUAGGUACCUUUUAAUAUUUUAAAAUCAUAUCAUUAUAUACCUACUGAUUGUACUCAUAGUAUUUAUGAGUACCUAUAUGGGCUGGCAUAAAAGAAAACAUUUAAGUAUUGAAUUUUAAAAUUAAUUAAGUAACCAAUUAUACAACACUUUUGCAAUACUUGGAGACGUGCAUGAUAAUGAUAUUUUUUAUGUUUCCCGUUAUUGGAAAAUAAUAGAAAAUAAAUAUAUGAAAAUGAGUCUAGAUCUUAGACCUAAUUAUCCUCCGAGGAGGAUUGCUAUUGUUAGUACCUUGGUACCUACUUUAUUAAUUUUUUUGGGAGGACAAGUCCAUUAGUAAAAAAAGUUUAUCCUUAAUAAAAUCUUCUGCAUUUGCACAUUAUUAGAAUUAAAAUUUAAGUAAAAAUAGGACCCAAAUUUUGUAGCUACUGUUUAAGUUUAUAAAAAUAAAGAUAAAGUUUUUACUUGUUCCAGUAGAAAAGUCUUCUAUUUAUAAAUUACAUGAAUAAAUGAUACCGAAAUUA